UUCGUUAGGAACGCCUGCCCGAAAACCGAAAACGAAAGUGAUUUUGUAGAGUGGCAAAGAAUGACACUUCCGGUAGUUUGAAUGCUUGCCUUUCUUGUGACAUAUUUCCAGUAUUUCCUACUUCUUCUCUGCAUGCUAAAUGUAGAUACUAGACUAAAGAAUUCAGGGCCCCCUCCAAGUACUGCUGAGCCAGGAUUUUGCAACGAGAACGCAUAUAACUGCGGCGAACAAGAAAAUAUGCUUCCAACGGGCCUAUUUAAAGCUUUUCAUCAAGCAACAAAGCCGGAUUUCUACAAAUUCAAGACUAUCGAAGAGUUUGGUUACCACUUUAAUGAGAGAGGGCAGCUAAGAUCAAUUCAAACUGGUGAACCUUUCAUGUUUGAAGUCAAGCCAGGAGAUAGGCAAUACAACCAGAAUCAUUAUGAAGCUCUUGGUGAGGUCAUCACAGAUCAUGUAUAUAAGCUAUUGGAAGAAAAAGCAGGCCUUAAAAGAGUUUAUGUACCUAUUGAUCCUAGGGAAAAUGAAAGUGUAGGCUUUAUCUUCAUGAGUGAAGAUGCCUUGAGAGCAGAGAAGCUGAUGAUUCUCAUUCAUGGAAGUGGUGUGGUCAGGGCGGGGCAGUGGGCGAGAAGCCUUAUAAUAAAUGAUUGUCUUGAAAGUGGCACAAUGCUUUCCUACAUUGCCAGAGCCAGGAAGGAAGGAUAUGGAGUUCUGGUAACAAAUGGCAAUGAGAAUACAUCUGUUAAGAAAGGGAAAAUGCAAAGAAUAAGGGGGAGCGAGUCUCCAGAGAGCCAUUUUGAUUACGUGUGGAACACAUUCAUAAGCAAAGCUGCUGCUAGCAGCAUUGUAAUAGUCGCACAUAGCUAUGGCGGGGUUGUAGUUGUUCAUGGAAUGAAGAGGUGUCCUGGGGCCAUGUCUCGCGUCAAGGCUGUUGCAUUCACUGACUCAGUCCACACUCUGCAUCACCAAGGUGCCGACAACACCCUGAGGGACUGGUUUCAGGAGAAUACAAGGAACUGGGUGUCAUCUGGGCUGCCUCUGGACACACCUAUCACCUCCAGAUUUUCGCGGGCUGAUUCAGAUCUUGUAUCAGCAGGCACAACUCAGCAUGUGUUGACAUCCCACUACGCCUUCAACUCAGUGUUUAAUUUCUUUGACGAGAAACUCAAUAGAAAAAGGAAGAGAAAAAUCUCACCAUUGAAAGACAAAACUGAGCAAAAACAAAGCCUUCCGAUCCAAUCUGAGGGCGAGACACCUGAAGAGAGAAAAGUAGACCAACCCAUGGGUAAUGAAGAGAAGACAACAAUGACCCACAGAGAAUACUCAGUAACAGAUGGAAACAUUGAUGAGAGAGACAACAGGAUGCACAGGCAAGAGCCAGAAGGUGGCAUAUCAGGUAGUCACGCAACACCUGAUACCACACAGCCGGUAAAACCAGGAGUCACACAUUCUGAUGUGAUUUGCUCUCAGGCCACAUUUUCAGGUAAAGCUCAACCUGUCCAGAUUGAUAAUAACCAAACAGAAGCUAUAGAGACGGUUGAUAAUACCCAAUCCCAGAUCAUAGAGACUGAUGUCACACAAUCUGAUGAAAGCCAAACAAAAGCCAUUAAAUCUGUUGCACCAUCUGAUACUAGCCAAUCAGAAGACAAAGAAUCAAUUGCAACAUAUGAUGCUGAUACCCAAUCAGAAGUCAUGGAUACUGAUGUCACACAAUGUGAUAAAAGCCUAUCAAAAGCCAUUAGAUCUGUUGCACCAUCUGAUACUAGCCAAUCAGAAGAGGUAGAAUCGAUUGUGCAAUCUGAUGAUAAUACCCAAUCAGAAGUCAUGGAUACUGAUGUCACACAAUCUGAUGCUAGCCAAUCAGAAGACAUACAAUUGACUACACAAUCUGAUGAUAGCAAACUGUAAGACAUGGGAACUGUACCCUAAUUUUGAAAUAACCAAUCAGGUGCUGAAGUAUUGAUUUACAGACAAGUUGAUAGAACACAUCCAAAUUUUAGAGUUUAAAAAACUCUAUUAUGUAGAAAGGUACUUAGUAAUUUAUUGUGAAGAAAAGCCAUUCAAUUUGAAUGGAUAGCCAUUCAACCUCCCUCCUGGAUCUUCCCUGUAGUACAGGGGCGUAGCCAGGGGGUGGCCUAGGGCCCCCCUUUUAGCAGCCAAAAAUACAGUAAGUGUAUGAGACAUUAUCUGAAUUACAGGAGAAAAUGCCUUGAAAGUCCCUUUUAGGCCCCCUCCUGCAGUACUGUAGUGUCAGCUAAUGUCUACGCAUGGCCAUGUCUAUCCAACUCAUGCAGGGAAAUUCUUUAAGUGUAGAGAUUGGAGAAGCUCUAGGCAUCUUUACAGUGCAGUGUGAGAUGCUAUGGUAGUUAUAGGAACCAAGCAAAUAUGUAAUAUGAGUACUAUCUGAUCAAUGUGACCUCCAGUAAAUCAGCUUGGAAAAUAAAUCCUUCAGAUCACAUCA